UCGAUCUGUCUCCCCACAGAAAUCCGACACAUACCUCUCACGAUGGAACAUCGCACUUACGAUUUGUCGUGCGGUCCGUGCCUGCCUUUUCGAAAGUCGCGGUCCUCCGUUAGUCGGCUACACAGCUACACUGCAUCUCGAUAUCCCUACGCCUCCCUUUGUUUGCAGCAACAUCGCCUGCAGUCACCUGCAUAUAAGAGACUUGGGUUUCGGAAGGCUUCACCAUUUACCGGCAUCCGAGCUCACCAUCACCGAAGCCUCAUCGAACAUCAUCACUAUGACUUCUGCCGCCUCUUCGCUCCAAACGGGCUUCCCAGCCUCUGCAACGGGGUCUAUGCACCUCUCUAUCUCCUCCAUUGCAACUAUUCCAACGGCACUGCCGGGUGUCUGCAAUCCCAGCGUUGCGCCUGCGUUGGGAAACCAAGCCAACGUCUCGCACCCGUACUGCCAGUUCAACUGGGAGGAUCGCAUACCAAAUCUUUCUGACUGCUGUAACGACGAUGCCGAAGUGCACGUCUGGAACAAUUGCACGCAGUACUGCGAGUCGGACCGGGACGUAAUGGACUGGCGCGAAUGCAUCGUGGACAAGGUCCCAGCUGCGGAUGACCAAAGCUAUUUCUUCGCUUGUAUCUCCGAUAACCCCCAGUCGCCGGAUGUCACAGCCAUUACGGGAACGCGGACGCCGUCUUCAUCAGGAAUCUCGGAGACGGGCUCAUCGGGGAGCUCGUCUGCGAGCGGGACUGCAUCCGCGACGGAAUCUAGACAGCCGCAGGAUACUGGUGCCGCGCAAUCUACCAGGCCGCCUGCCACAUUCAUGGGCUGGCUCGUUGUGGGUCUUGCUCUUGCCUUUGGCUUCAAUAUGUGAAGGAGCGCACCACCAUCUCCUUGCUGUCCUUCAUUCCUCCCUCCUCUUCGGGAGCUCCAACGUUCCAAGGUUGGAUCGAUUGUUUUUUUAUCUUUUAGGCCUGGAGAGUACCUAGGUACUUGCGAGUUUUGAAAGCAUGCAAAGGGCUGGAGAAGGGCGUCGGUUGUUAGUGUUGCGAUCGGUCGAGGCGGCGAAGGAUACCUCACUCCUUCCAACUCCUCCGCCACGAACGUCAUCCGAGAAAAUAUACCUAGGUAGAGCAUAUCGACCCGAGGGGAUAUCGGCUUAGAUUUUCCC